CCUCAUUAAAUUCACGUACGACUUUGGUUUGUGCUGGAAAUUUGCAGUUAGCGAUCCCCUCUUCCUCCCCCGAUUCCUUCACGAUGCAAGAAAAGGCCGCCGCGUUUUCAGGCUCUGUUUUUACAGAGUCGUCGCCGUCGCCGUCGCCGUCGUCCUCCACCGACAGUUAAAAAAAAAAAAAAAAACAAAAGCAACGGAGCCACAGUAGAGAGAGAAAGAGGAGAGAGAAGGAGGAGACAAAGGCAGUGACUUUGAGUUCGAUCGAACUGACCCACGAUCGGGCGAGUGGCUCCUCUUCCCCUUCGAUGGACGGCUGAAAAGAUCUCUCUCUCUCUCUCUCUCUCUACAUGGCCACCACCAUCUCCUUCUUCCUCGCCCUCUUCCUUUCCGUUCUGGGCCUGACCCGUUCGGACCCCACCGCCGCCGCCGCCGUCCCCGACGGCUGCUCGGGGCGGCGGAUCCACGUCCGCCGCCUGCCGCCGCGGUUCAACCUCGACCUCCUCGCCACCUGCGCCGACUACCCGCUCCUCGAGGACCUCUGCCCCUACCUGGCCAACCACGGCCUCGGCCGGCCCACCCACAACCGCUCCCGCAGCUGGUUCCGCACCGACCCCCUCAUGCUCGAGCUCGUCUUCCACCGCCGCGUCCUCGAGCUCCCCUGCCUCACCCCGGACCCGGAUCUCGCCGACGCCGUCUUCCUCCCCUACUACGCCGGCCUCGACGCCCUCCACUACCUCUACGGCCGCGACGUCAACUCCAGCGCCGACCACGGCCUCGAUCUGUACCGCUUCCUCCGGGCCAACGACCCGGGCAUCUGGGAGCGCCGCUCCGGCCACGACCACUUCCUCGUCAUGGCCCGCCCCGCCUGGGACUUCUCGCAGCCGUUGUCCAACGACCCUCCCAUCUGGGGCACUUCCUUUCUGGAAUUGCCCGAGUUCUAUAACGUGACCGCGUUGACUUUGGAGGCCAGAGCCUGGCCCUGGCAGGAGCAAGCCAUCCCCUACCCGACCUCCUUCCACCCGCCGGACUCCCCCCUCCUCGAGUCGUGGAUGGCCAGGGUCCGCCGGUCUCGCCGCACCGCGCUUAUGCUGUUCGCCGGCGGGGGCGGCAUCUCGGCGGCCCCCAACAUCAGGAGGAGCAUCAGGCUCGAGUGCGAAAAUGGGACCGAAGCUCCCCCGUCAGGCAGCGGGUACUACGCCAAGACUUGUGAUUUCGUGGAUUGCUCCAAUGGCAUUUGCGAGCACAACCCUAUCAAGUACAUGCGGCCGAUGCUGAAGGCCGCGUUCUGCUUGCAGCCUCCCGGGGACACGCCGACGCGGAGGUCGACCUUCGAUUCGCUCCUCGCCGGGUGCAUCCCGGUGUUCUUCGAGGACCAAUCGGCGAGGUCGCAGUACCAGUGGCAUAUGCCGGAGGAAGAAUUCGACGAGUUCUCGGUGACGAUACCGAAGGAGGAGGUGGUGUACAAAGGUUUAAAGAUAGUCGAUGUGCUGAUGGGGAUACCGAUAGAGAGAGUGAAGAGGAUGAGAGAGAAAGUUGUGGAAAUGAUACCGAGAAUCAUAUACAGAAAACAUGGAGGCUCACCUGGUUUCAGGUCUACGAUUGAUGCAUUUGAUGUUGCAGUUGAGGGUACACUGAAGAGGAUCAAAGCAAGACUUGAAGAGGUUUCAGUUUGAGCUUCACUAACUUUGAGAGUGGAGUUACUACAUUCUUGUGCUUGUUUGUAAUUUUCUUGUUUGCUUGUUUGUCUGUUGUUGCCCCUCAUUUUUUGUCCCCUUAUUUAUUGACUGCAAAAUUGCAGAAAGAACUACAUUAUAUGUAUCUGACUAGCAAUAAAGAUUCAGACAUAUUUCCUUUCUUGCA